UGCUUCUGUCUUCAAGCCAGUAAUCAGUUUGAACACAAUGGCUCCGGUAGACAACUCUCCAACGAGCAACAUGGGCGGUUUUGAGCUGGUUUGUUCCUCAAAAGCGAACGAUACCAUCCCGGUUCACAAAUACAAGUCCACUAAAACCGGGAUUACAAUAUGUAUUGGCGAGGUCGACGGCCCUAUCGUCGGAGGGAACUUCUGUCUCGCGACUCAGGCUUUUGAUGAUGAUGGGCUGCCGCACACCCUCGAGCACUUGAUUUUCUUGGGCAGCGAGGACUAUCCUUACAAAGGAGUCCUGGACCUUCUGGGAAACAGAUGUCUCGCUUCUGGGACUAAUGCUUGGACCGAUCGAGAUCAUACUAAUUACACGAUGACUACUGUCGGCAGCGAGGGAUUUCUUACUCUGAUGCCUAUCUAUCUAGAUCAUAUUCUUUUUCCUAAUCUAACAGACUCAGCAUACCUCACAGAAGUCCACUACAUAUCAGGGGAAGGCGAAGACCGCGGAGUAGUCUACUGCGAGAUGCAAAGUACUGAGAACACCGGAAAAACUCUAUCAAACACAGAACUAACCCGCGCAAUGUACCCCGGAAAAUGCGGGUACAAGUCAGUAGUUGGUGGAAUAAUGCAGAACCUCAGAGAGAGUACAAACAACGAGAAGGUCAAAGAAUUUCACCGUCAAUUCUACCGGCCCGAGAACCUGACAAUAAUAAUAACCGGACAGAUCCAGCACGCAGAAGUUUUCAAAGCUCUGCGUCCGUUGGAGGAAAAAAUCCUCUCUAAAGGCAGUCGUGGUUUGUUCGAGCGCCCUUGGCAUGAGCCAAUCCCCCCGUUCACCGAGAGUGUCGUCAACGACAUUCUUUACCCGUGCGAUGACGAAGACAACGGAAUAGUCAGCGUGGGCUGGCGCGGGCCUUCAGGCAUAACCGAGAUUUACGAAUUAACAGCUUGCUCUCUUUUGCUGAAGUAUCUCACGGACAAUUCGGUGAGUCCAAUCCAGAAAGAGUUUGUAGAAAUUGAUGAUCCGUACUGUUGCAACGUCGACUACUACCUGACGGAAAACUCCGAGUCGAUGCUCCAGUUGUCCUUCAGCGGAGUUCCUAUUCCCAAAAUUCCGUUGGUAAAGAACCACCUGACCAAAAUUCUAGGGGACAUUCUCCAGAGCAAUGAAGUCGACGGAGGGAUAGACAUGCCAAGAAUGGCUACGGUUAUCCAUCGUCACCAGCUGGAGACUCUCAGCAGCCUGGAAAACAUGCCUCAUGAUGCAAUCACCUACAUGCUGAUCGGCGACGCGCUCUAUGGCCGCGAUGUCAGUGACUUGGAGCAGAGAUUGAAUACUAUCGAGGACUUGAAGAAGCUGGGCAAGGAACCGGCGAGUUUCUGGAUUAACUUGCUGAAGAAGUAUCUGAUCGACGCUCCUUCGGCGGUGAUUAAUGCUACGCCGAGUAUUGCCAAGCAGAAGGAGAUGGACGAGCAGGAGAAGAAGCGCAUUGCAGAAAGAAUUGAACAAUUGGGCAAAGAAGGGCUUGAAGAAAAAGAAAAAGCGUACUUGCAAGCUGUCAAGCAGAAUGAUGCUCCCAUUCCUGAUGAAGUUCUGAGCAGCGUCCCGGUUCCUGGAACUGAUUCGAUUAACUUCCAUCAUAUCCGCAGCUUCACCACUGGAGGCGGUGAUCAGCACCCGAGACUUGAUGUUAACAAGUUGUCGCUGUUUACCUACUUGGAUCAUGUCAACACUAACUUUGCUUACUUGUUCGUGGUGAUGGACACUCUCAAGGUACCCAAGGAAGCUAGACCUUACAUGCCGCUGAUUUUAGAAGCCAUUGGAGAGUGUCCUAUUAAUAGAGACGGAGAGCUAGUGCCGUAUGAAGACGUCGUCGCGGAAUUAGAAGCUGAUACCAUUGCUGUUAGCUUGAGGAUGGGCUUUGAAAGCCCUUCAAGGUUUACUUGUGGUGCUUACAGUCACAGUGUUAAUUUAAUGCUGCAGCUUGAAUUGUCAAAAUAUCCUAAAGGCGUUCAAUGGAUCAAAGAAUUACUGUACGACACUAAAUUCACACCUGAGAGAUUGAAAAUAAUUUCUUCAAAGCUGCUGAAUGAAAUAACCCAGUGCAAAAAAGCAGGGAAUAAAAUCACUGGGGAUUUGAUGCGAGGAUUGAUAUACAGUAAAGAGAGCAAUCACUUCAAUUCGAGCUUACUGCGCCAGCAACAAUUCCUGACGAAAUUGGCCACUAGGUUGGGAACGCCAGAAGGCCAAGCAGAAGUUGUCGCUGAAGUAGAAGCUGUCAUGAAGAUCCUGACUGCUAAAGACAACAUGGUUUUGUAUAUGGCGACUAAUGUCGAUAAAUUGAGCGCCCAAGUUACUGAGUUGUACAAGCCCUGGUGGACUUUCUUUAAUUUCGACAACUUUGAUACGUUUGAUAAAAAUAAAUUGAACGUGACACCUGAUUGGAAAUUAAUGAAUCCAAGAGAAGAAAUACCCUUGGAAGGUUGUGUUCUAGGACUUGGAUGUGUAGAGUCUGCCUAUUUAUCACAAACUGGACCUUGUCUUAAUGACUUUGAGAGUCCAGACUUAGCUCCUUUGCUUGUUUGUCUUCAGUAUUUAACUCAAGUUGAGGGACCAAUGUGGAGACAAGUUAGAGGCCAAGGUUUUGCAUACGGUUGCAAUUUAUACGCAAAACCAAACGAAGGUUUGCUCUACCUGACAUUUUAUGCAUCCACGGAUGUAAUUGGAGCGUACAAGGAAACUAAAGCCAUUGUCAGCAGCCUCAUUACCGAGAAUUCCUGGGAGCGAUUGCUCUACGACUCCGCCAAGUCAUCUCUGAUCUUCGAAAUCGUCGAGAGAGAGAAAAGCGUCGGAGACGCCGUAUCUCAGUCUCUAUUAUCAUACUUUAAGAACGUUUUCCACGACUACAACCGCUCGAUGGUCCAAAAGAUCUACACCGUCAGCAUUAAAGACUUGAACCGCGUGGCUAAUAAAUACAUCAAGCCGCUUUUUGAUCCCAAACAAUGCAAAACUACCAUUGUUUGCUCUCCUUCCAAGGUCGCUGAGAUUGCUAAUGCUUUCAAAGGCUUCAGUCAAAAUUUGAAAGUCUUUAAUACUCUGGAAAGUAGUUACCUCAACGAGUGGUGAAUUAAGAUUGUUUCUUUUUUCUUUUUGCUUUCUAUUAAAUAGACUAAGAUCAAAACGCCUGA